GCUCUGCACUACGCUGAGUACCCAACUCCUCCUGUGCUGCAGCCAUGACUACUUACACCGUGCAGAACUCUUUUGCUAGUGGUGCUGGGGGCCUUGGGGCUGCUGGCAGCGGCAGCUCCCGCCUUUCCUCUGUGCGGGUCGGGGGCUCCUACCGCACCCCGAGCAUCCACGGGGGGUCCGGGGGUCGGGGCGUCUCCAUCUCCUCGACGAAGUACGUCUCCUCCGUGGGAGGCGGUUACGGUGGUGGAUCCUGCGCCGGGUUUGGCGGCGGUUACGGAGGAGGCUAUGGCGGCUUUGGUGGAGGUGCAGUCUGCGGCUUGGGUGGAGGAGCUGGCUUUGGUGGAGGCUUUGAUGCUAUCUGUGCCUUUGGUGGAGGUGACGGCCUUCUUUCUGGCAACGAGAAGAUAACGAUGCAGAAUCUGAACGACCGCCUGGCCACGUACCUGCAGAAGGUGCGAGCCUUGGAAGAUGCAAAUGCAGAAUUAGAAGUCAAAAUCCGAGACUGGUACCAGAAGGAAGCUCCCAGCAGCCCAGCUCGAGACUACAGCAACUACUACAAGAUAAUUGAAGAUCUCCAAGAUAAGAUCCUUGCAGCUACUAUCGACAACUCCAGGGUCGUUCUGGAGAUUGACAACGCCAGGCUGGCUGCAGAUGACUUCAGACUGAAGCAUGAGAAUGAGCUUUUCCUGCGCCAGAGCGUGGAGUCUGACAUCAACGGGCUGCGCAGGGUGCUGGAUGAGCUGACCCUGUCCAGGGCCGACCUGGAGAUGCAGAUCGAGAGCCUGAAGGAGGAGCUGGCCUACCUGAAGAAGAACCACGAGGAGGAGAUGAAGGAGUACUCCAAUCAGCUCAGCGGAAAAGUCAGUGUGGAAAUGGAUGCUGCUCCUGGCAUCGAUCUGACAAGGAUCCUCUCGGAGAUGAGGGAGCAGUACGAGGCUCUGGCUGAGAAGUACCGUAAGGACGCUGAGGCAUGGUUCCUCACCCAGACUACUGAGCUGAACCAUGAAGUUGCCACCCACACUGAGCAGAUACAGAGCAGCAAAUCGGAGAUCACAGAACUGAGACGCACGAUGCAGAGCCUGGAGAUCGAGCUGCAGUCACAGAUAAGCAUGAAAGCUGGACUGGAAGCCAACCUGCGAGAUACAGAAGGACGAUACUGCGCACAGCUGGCACAAAUUCAGAACCUCAUCACCAGUGUUGAGGAGCAACUGAGUGAAAUCAGAUGCGACAUGGAGCGCCAGAACCAGGAGUACAGAAUGCUCAUGGACAUCAAAAGCCGCCUGGAGCAGGAGAUCGCCACGUACCGCCAGCUGCUGGAGACCCAGGACUCUCAGAUGUCAGGAGUGAACCCUAAGGAUGCAAGUGCUGCUGGAAGAGCCCGUGGGGGCACAGAAGAUGAGGGAAGGUCUUCCUCCACUCGUGACAGGAGACACCAAUAAAGAAAUACUGAAACCUCUCUUGCUAUGACACCACCUGUGCUGGACCAGCUAUAAGCAGGGCAGUCCAACCACUGGCUGACACUUACAGAAAUGUGCCGUUACUUUUGCUAGAUCACAAGAAUGUAACCCAAAAAGUGUGCACCAGCUUCAUGCCUUUCCUUGAAUUUGCUCUCCCUUCUUACAUGAUCAUUUGGCUCUUUCGGUCAGAGAUGUCUGCUUGUUUCUGUACAGUAUCCUUAUGAAAGACUCUACACAAUAAAGUUUCUCUCCUGCUUGUGCAAAUGCA